AGGAAGGCUGGGACCCGGGGCAAGGCUGCAGCCACCAAGCAGGCCCAACGUGGCUCUUCCAAUGUCUUCUCAAUGUUCGAACAAGCCCAGAUUCAGGAAUUCAAGGAAGCCUUCAGCUGCAUUGACCAGAAUCGAGACGGCAUCAUCUGCAAGUCAGACCUGAAGGAGACCUAUUCCCAGCUCGGGCGGGUAAGCGUCCCAGAGGAGGAACUGGAUGCCAUGCUGCAGGAAGGGAAGGGCCCCAUCAACUUCACGGUCUUCCUCACACUCUUUGGGGAGAAACUCAAUGGGACGGACCCUGAGGAAGCCAUCCUGAGCGCUUUCCGAAUGUUUGACCCCAGCGGCCAGGGAGUGGUGAACAAGGACGAGUUCAAGCAGCUUCUCCUGACCCAGGCAGACAAGUUCUCUCCUGCUGAGGUGGAGCAGCUGUUUGCCCUGACACCCAUGGACCUGGCAGGCAACAUCGACUACAAGUCCCUCUGCUACAUCAUCACCCAUGGCGAUGAGAAAGAGGAGUAG